GGGGCGCGGCGGGGGCGGGGCCGCCGGGGCUGAUGGCGUGCGCGCCCUCCACGGCCGCCGAGGUGGAGGAGCGGCAGCGGCGCCGCGCCUUUCGCCCACUACGACUGCAGUCGCUCACGGCCAACCUUGGGCUACGCCGCCAAGCUGCGCGGGUGCACUGCUUGGCGCGCCGCCGCAACACCACGACGGGCGCCUCGGCGGCCUCCAUGCUGAGCGCGGGCCGCUCCGCCACCCCCGACGGCGGCGACAGCGGCGACGACGACCCGGGCGACGGGCGCGGCAACGACCUGCUCGAGAGUUGUCCUUUCUUUCGCAAUGAAAUUGGAGGAGAAGAAGAGAGAAUAGUGAGUUUGACGAGAAUGAACAAUGGAGCUGCAGGUGCUGUGCCUCCAGGCUCGUCAAGUAAUGCAUCUGAUAUAGCUCUGGGAAAUCAUGGCCAUGGCCGCCCAUUGCUUACAAAUCAACACCGACAACGCAGACCUCAGCAUCGGCCUUCUUUGGCAUAUGGUGUAUCAGUGCUUGAGUUUCCUGUUGGAGAUACUCACUGGAGACAUGGUACAUGUCCAUAUCAGCGUCCUGCAAGGGCUAUUGAAAGUGUGGAUCAAGGUGCUUUGUAUUAUCGCAAGUACUUCCAUGGACAAGUUGCUAUUAGCAUUAAAAAAGAAAGAAUUGACAGGAAUGAUGGCAAUGCAAGCAGUAGCAGCAGUAGUAAUAGUGGACAAAUUGCCCAAUACAGGCUUAUUAUUCGAACCAGUGAGCUUCUGACACUUCGUGGUUCUAUCCUGGAGGAUGCUGUACCUAAUUUAAAAGCCUCUAACAGUAACAAAGGAAUGAAUACUAAGGAAGUAUUGGAGUAUAUUGCUCCUGAAUUGCAAAUAUCAUGUUUGCGACUUGGAAUUCAUUCUGCUCAAACUGAGGAACAACUCCUAAAAUUAGAUGAACAAGGACUGACAAAUCAUUACAAAGUUGGAGUUCUCUAUUGUCGUGCAGGACAAGCGUCAGAAGAAGAUAUGUAUAAUAAUGAAGAUGCAGGCCCUGCUUUCCGGGAGUUUCUGGAUUCCAUUGGCCAGCGAGUUCGCCUCAAAGGCUUUGAUAAGUACAAAGCAGGGCUUGACAAUAAGACCGAUUCAACUGGAUUGUACUCGGUUUAUGCCCAGUAUCAGGACUGCGAAAUUAUGUUUCAUGUCUCAACAAUGUUGCCUUUCACACCUAAUAACAGGCAGCAGCUAUUGAGAAAACGUCACAUUGGUAAUGAUAUAGUGACAAUUGUCUUUCAAGAACCAGGUGCUCAACCUUUCACACCAAAGAAUAUAAGGUCCCAAUUUCAACAUGUAUUUAUUGUUGUGCGGGCCAUUAAUCCAUGCUCAGAAAACACUCAAUACAGUGUUGCUGUGAGUCGAUCGAAGGAAGUCCCAAUAUUUGGGCCUCCAAUACAUGAUGGAGCAAUGUUUCCAAAGUCCAAAGCCUUCGCAGAUUUUCUUCUUGCCAAAGUUAUUAAUGCAGAAAAUGCUGCCCAUCGAUCAGAGAAAUUUGCCACAAUGGCAACUCGAACAAGACAAGAGUAUUUGAAAGAUCUUGCAACAAAUUAUACCACCAGUGCUAUUGUAGAAACUGGACAAAAGUUCUCAAUAAUGUCCUUCAGCAGCAAGAAAAAAGAAAGAGGUCGACCUCGCAUGUUACCUGAUGCAUCUCAGAGAGGUGCAAUCUCGUGGCAAGUGUUGCUUGAUGACAGUAGCCAAGCAUGUCUUGUGGAAUGUUUCCUAGGCAUUUCAGCAGACUCUUUUGUGCUUAUAGAAGAACGAACUCGUGAAAUAGUGUUCGUAACUCCUUGCAAAUCAAUUCUGGGAUGGUGUGCACAAACUAAUAGUCUGCGGAUAUAUCAUCAUCAGGGAGAAUGUGUGACCAUGCAUAUGCGAGAAGCUGGAGAAAGGGAUGAAUUAAUGGAAGUAGUUGUCAGACUUCGUGCUGUAACUGAAGGUUGUGCUUCCCAAGAACUCUCAUUACGACGCAAUCCUAUGGGUCAGUUGGGGUUUCACGUCCAACCUGAUGGCAUGGUUACACAAGUAGAAGGCAUGGGCCUUGCUUGGCAAGCUGGUCUUCGACAGGGUGCACGACUUGUUGAGAUAUGCAAAAUUGCUGUUUCUACUCUUUCCCAUGACCAAAUGGUGGAUUUAUUGAAAACCUCCCUCUUGGUGACAGUGAUGGUAAUUCCACCACAUGUUGAUGGUACCCCAAGGAGAGGAUGUAAUCUUCAGAACUGUAAAUACACUACUGGAAAUUAUGAAGGAGAUUAUGAAAACUUAUCAAGCCCUGAAGAAAGUUCAUGUAAACUCUCAGGAAAAUUGCCUGCUUUCCAGCAGGCAGUUCCAGGAAAUCAUAGACGUUAUGAUGAAUAUGGAAGGAAUUUUUCUCCCCCUCGUUCUAGUAGCAGUUCAGGUUAUGGAACAGGAAGCAGUAGCAAGUCAUUUACAGGAACAGACACCAGAUUUUCCUCUAAUCCUGAGGGAACAAUGACCAGUUCAUCAAGUGGCCACUCAAGUGAUGAUCGCUGGUAUGAACUGUUGGAUCCUGCUGACCUGGAUCCUGCAGUGCGUGACUCAGGAGUCCGUGAUCCUGCUGUAAGAGAUUCACCACCACCUCCACUACCUGCUCGUCUUGGUUCAGGUGGAAGUAGUGCUUUCCAGCAAGUGGCUCCUAAAAGGCGAGGAGGUGGAGUGCCUGGCGCCAUGGAAGAACCUGUCUCGGGACUGAACCCUGUACAUACUUCCCUUCAUCCCAAGGUUCAGGUGUCACAUUCACUUCCUCUUCCUCAUGCUAGUUUUUCUCUUCCACUGACUUCACGUUAUGCAGAGGAAUAUGAGGCAUUGGGAAACUCACAGUAUUCUCACGAUUUCAAAUUGGGGGACAAAGUUUCCCAUUUGAAGACACCAAAUGGUAAUUCUGAUGCAAGGCCUGGGCCUCGUCACUCGGAACGUCAACCUGCUCUGGAUUAUCUAUCUGCUCGAAUACCAAAGAUAACUGACUAUAAUAAUCAUCAACAUUCUGGCGAGCUCGGAAAAUCUUCAAGUCUUCCUCCAGAAUGUGCUGUUCGCGGGCUGACUUUGUCAGAUGGUCAUUCUACUGAUACAAGUUCUGCAAGUGAUAGGAUGGUUGGUGCUCCCAGUGAAGAUGAACUGUCAGCUGGUAGCAGUAAUGUGUCUCCAAGGCUACGCAGAUCUAGCAAACCAACCACCCUUGGUCCAAGUUCUGGAACUGGUGCAGGGACUCUGACUCCUUCAAGUGGGAGUAGCCGCAAUCAGAGUCCUCGCCCUGCUAGUCGCGAUAUGGGAGAAGCUCGGUUGCGUCCUGGUGUUACGCCACGCUCUGCAUCAAACCGAAAUAGUGCAAAUUUGGCAUCGAGUACUCUACAAGAAGACUUAAUGCGCCUGAUUAAUCCAGAUUAUAUGUCUGAACGGGAAGAAUCGGCAAUUAUCAACACAAAAGACAAUCAUAGCAGCAACAUAAUGGGAAAAGUAUAUAGUAGUUGCACAAAUAACUCCAAUGCUAAUGGAUUGGCUACAUCAGAGAACUGUCUUCGAUCCCGUUCUCGUGAAAAUCUGUGCACUACCAAUGGAAGUACUCUAAUGUCACUUGGUGUUUUGUCCUCCACACAUUCAGACCAACACACAAACAAUGUUGGCAAUGUCAGUGCUAAUGAACGAGGAGAUGUAAUCCUAACUAUGGCAAGACCUGCUACAGUUAUUUCAAAUGCAAGUACUGCGUCAAGUCCUGCUCCAAGUGAAAACAAGAUGUCCAAAGAAGAACGGCUGUCACCACGUGUCACAAAAUCUUCUCCAAAUUCUAAGUUAUCCCCUAACACAGCUGGAACAUCACGCCAUGAGCUUUCUCGACAUGAAACUCUGCAGAUCCCAGAUUCUCGUGAAACAGACUGGCCUGGCCUGAUGGAUUCAGCAGCUCGAUCUCUUAUGCAGUCUCAGAGUGGUGAUCCUUCCCCUGUCAAUCCUGGCUCGACUCUACCUGAAAAUGCACGUAAUGGUGAUGCUGCUCUAGGUCAUUGGGUUGAUGAAAUGGCAGAACAUCUUGGUCUUGACAACAACCCUUCUGGCAGCCGACGUACAGCAGAGCUGCACAACCAUCAGACAGAAUUGCAAGCACGACUUGCCAGAGAAACUCGACGUCGCCUAUCUUUAGAAGAAGAGGUACGGCGACUCCGAGACGAGAAUCGUCGUCUCCAGGAGGAGUCGCAAGCAGCAGCUCAACAACUGCGGCGGUUCACAGAGUGGUUUUUUCAAACAAUAGAUCGCCAGUAAUGUGUGACUCAAACUGUUGGUGCAAUUGUUCAAUGCCAACAUGGUUUACUGCUUUGGAUUCAGUGGCCACUCCCCUUACUAUGUGGCAUGAGUGCCUCAGUGAUUUCAGAAGAUAACUGUACAAACAUGGGCAGCCACUGUGAAUGGAUCCAGACAAUGUUUAGUAUUGCAAUGAAAUUAUUCCCAAUAUGUUCUGUGUUCCAAGAGUUAAUAACAUGGUUCUAUGGGAUAUAUAUUCCAUGAAUCCAUACAUAUUGUGCUGCGCCUCCUCCACCAAAUAUUUUUUUAAACUUUUUCAAUUUAUUAUAUUAUAUAUUUAGUCUACACUGAAAUACAUUUAAUUUCAUUUACAUUGUAUACAGUAACUACAUGUUAAGUUAGUGUUAAUCUCUUCUGUUAAAUUAUCACUUCGUUUACUGAACUUUUAUUGUAGAAACUUGUGUACUUCUUGUGGAGUAGCUUCUAUGACCAAUAUGUUUUAUUGUUUCAUCAUACAUAAUGGCAAUACUCUAUGUGAACAGACAAGCUGUGCUAAAUUUUAGGUGUAAUGUGAACAACAUAAAACAUAUCUUUUGAACUGGCAAACUGGCAUAUUAAGCCUGUUUACAAAAAAGUUUGAAUUUAUAUAACUGUCAUAUUUUUGUAAUUCCCUCAAUAUAAAUGUAUUUUUUAGAAAAAAUAACUAUUAAUUCUUUAAUCUCCCUGUCAACAUGAAGGUUCAACUUUCAAAAUAGUGAAUCAGGGUAUUUUUUGAAAACUGUACAUCGUCCUUGAACCAAGAAUAUUUGAAAUCUUUUGAACUGAAUUUACUAUUAAAAUGAAAGUGUAAAUCACUAACAUGGACUAAAAUUAUAUUUGGGGUAAGAAUAUUAUUAGGAAAUUUCUUGAUGAGGAUCUAUAGUGUCAAACUGCCACAAUGGUACAAGUUCAGAAAUUUACUGUUUGUCCAUUUUAUUCAAGUGUAUUGCCAUUCUGUGUGUCUGGAUGUUGUACAAUUCCACUAUUGUAGAAAUGUUAGGUUCAGUUUUAACACUUUAUAUUCUUUCAAGUUUGAAUUGAAAUGUACAAAGGCGUACCUGCUGUCACCAGUCAGAUGUUAGAUUAUAUGUUACAUUAUUACAAUGCAUUAUUAAUUCCACAAAGAUGUAGAUCCUAGUCAGAAUUUUUGGCUGGUCUCAAUUUCUAGAGAACAACCCUGACAACAUGUCUGCCAGAAUAACAGCUGCAAAGUCUUGUAACAGAAAAAGAAGAAAAAUAACAUUAUGAAUAUUAUUGAGCUUCUGUUAAUGACUAUUUACCUUUACUGAUAUCACCUUGUGUUAAAAACAGCAAAUGCAUGUUCUUUGUUAUCCAAAUUUACUGUUGGAUAAUAUUCUAUGUAAAAUUUAUUGUGUGUCACUCAUUCAGUAAUCUCAUUGUUAAACCUAUGAGAAUUAAUUUUUGACUUGGUAAUGUUGCAUAUAACACCAGUCAGAAGUAAAUUUCGUUGUAUUUAGAUAUUUUAUCCUAGAAAUUAAAAAAAAUAAUGUGAAUAACCAUCUUAGUUAAUGUCUGUGUAUGUUUAUUCAUGUUUGUAUUUGUGAUGCUUUAAGAUGGAUGGUUAUAUCAAUAUGAAAUGCUUUGUACUUUAUUUUCUUUUGUAUUUUUUCAUAGCUGUCUUACUCUGUUACAAAAAGGCUUUCUUGUUCUUUUAAUAUCUUGUGUUGUAAAGAGAAAAGAAUUGAGGUGAAACAGCAGUUAUGAUCUUCAUUUACAUUACACAAUCUUUUAAUAAAGUUACCAAAUAAUUAUUGGCUUUGAAGAAAAUUUUGAGUUAUUGUACUUACAGGUAUUGUGUGCAGAUGCUAAUGUUCAUUCUAGAAAUCUUGCUUGAAAGGAUAGGAUUUCAAAAACAAUGCUUGACAUUGCAGUGUUUAAACAACCAUAAAUUUUGUUUAUCUGUCUGUGAAUUUAUGUAAACCUAUUGUAGUCAGGUUCCUGUAGAUAGGUGUGUUCAAAUUCUUCUUUAAAAUGUGCUUUGCCCUCGAAUUCCAGUUGUCCCUAAAAUACAGCUUGUUGUUCAUUGUGUUAGAAAUUAUAUAGUGAGGUUAAUGUAUGUAGAUGUUAGCAUUUGUCAAAUGUCUCUUAAACAGAUAUAGUAUCCACUGAAUUUGGUGCUGCAUAUACAAAAUUUAAGUGGGCCAAAACAUUCAAAAUGCCAUUUAGUAAUCAUGAAAAUUGACUUUUCUAAAUGAUUGUUAACAUACCAAAUAAAUUUGAAGAAUGGAAAUGACAUACAUGCAGAGACCAAAAAUCUCAAUGUGAAAAGAAACUUAUUAACAUCUCUUGUUAAGCAAAUAUAAAUUAGAAAUGUAUAUUUCAUGAAUUUUCAUGAACAUUUCUAAUUCAAAAGGACGAGAUAUUUUUGUGUUUUGAAAUAAUUCGUGAUUGAUGUAUGAACAAGAAAAUCUUGAAAAAUAUAAAACACCUGUUUUAAGAGAAAAUGUUGCCUACUUGCACCCAUUUCCCUCGUAACUUUCUGAAACUUUCUAAUUCUCUUAAAAUAUUAUUUUUUUAAAUAUUAAAUCGAAAUGGAUUUAUGAAAAAUGAAAUAAAUUAUUUCGAAAUGAAAAAAUCAAAAUACUGACAUGAUUUUUUAUCUUUACUUUUGAAUGUAGGCUAAGUUUUAAAGGAAUUUCAAUUAACAGAUAUGACUACAGUUUAUUUCAACACUUUUUAAUCCACUAAUCAUCCAAAUAACUUAGUUUUGUUUUUAACUCCUUGUAGUGGUAGUGGUUCUUGUACACAAGUUGGUAACACAAAUUUGUCAUAUUUGAAACUUCUUUAGUAAUUCUUUAAAACUCACUCUCCCAUUGAAUUCCUUACCUGCACUUUUGUGUUUUUCGUGGAACAACUAUACACAUAUUAUCUUCUCUUCAUAUUCAAUUGUUUGUGGGAAUAAAGGAUGUAUACUUGUCAUGUUCUUUAAUUCUUUGUGGUAUUAAAUAAAAAAAUACUACAUUUUGAGGGGAAAUGGUACAGGUACAAAAAAGGUAAUCAUAUGAAAUGUUUAUCAUGAAAUAGCUUUUAUAACUGUAAUAAUCCUGAGAUGAAUCUUGGGGGAGAGGUUAAAUUUUUAUAAAGGCUUUUCCAUCCAACAUAUGUAUUUUUAUUGCUACUUAUUAUUCAUUUCUCAAUACUAAAUGAGUAAAAAUUACUUCCAUACAAAAGAUCAUAAAAUUAAUUACAAUACUAAAUUUUUUGACUACAAUUGAAAUUUUUUUUCAUUAUUUGCUGUUUAAUUGUAUACUUGAAAAUUAUACUUUGAAGAAGUGCUGUAGAGUAACUUCUGGUUCAAUCUUCAUGUUUUAAUGAAUGUAAAUUUAUGCAAAGCCUUUAAACCUUUCUUAAAUAUUUUGUACUAACUUCAUUGCUAACAUAACAAAUGUUGAUAGAAAAAAAAUUGUUUAGUACUUGAAUUUAUCUUUGACUUGCAAUUUCGUGUAAAAUUUAAAAAAAAAGAAAAAAUCUUACUAAUGAAUUCAGGGUUUUUAGAGAAUGUAUUUGGUAUUUCUUUGUAAAUUGUAGUUGAGGUCAGGUUUAAUGUUUUUUAAAGAAAUUCCUAAAUACAAAUUUAUUGAGGGGGAUCCCUAAUUUUCUUCUGUAGAUCUGUCUCUAUCUAAAGGCUCCUGCUCAUGAGCAUUGCGUUGAUGUGCAUUAAGCAACACAUGUAGAAUAACACUAUUUUAUAUGAAACGGUACACAAGCACUUUUGCCAUUCCACAUAAAAUAGUGUUACUCUAUGAAGAGCAUCAACUGAAAGUUCAUGCGACACAGGCCUAAGAUAUACAUAUUCUGUUACGUACACUUUGGAAUACUUCCAGAGUACUGUUAUAUCAUGUGCUAAUUUUGGAGUUUUCACUUACGCUUGGGUGUAUGUGAACAAGUGUUUGGAGAAGUUACACUGUUUUGAAAAGGUAAAUUUCAAAAUAGGAAAACUUCACGAAUGUUUUGUCAUUUCUGUUCUUCAAAUUUGAAAUGCAAUUUCUUUUAUUGCCAGUAUUGAUGAAUUGUCCUAUGACAAGUUAUAUAUUUUUAAUAAAGUAUGUUAAUUGGAUAUAGUUAUAACAUUUAGCUGUGGUAGUGAAAUUUGGGGCAGCACAGAUGUUGAUUUUGAAGAUCUCUUUUUGUGGCAUUUUGAAAAAUAUAAUAUUUAAAUGAAGACAUAUCAGACUGAGGGAGUUUAAUAAUCAAAUUGAGAAUGAUGCAGAUGGUAUGCUACUAUUUAUCAUUAAUGUUAAUUUAAAUGGCAAAAUAAAAUGAGCUAUGUCGAAAAGGCAUUUAUAUUCUGUGAACUCAGGUAGAGGAUGUUGAAUGAAAUUAGAAAGAAUCUGCUAAAUUAUUUCUUCAAAAUAUUAUUGAUCUGUCUUGAAUGUGUUACAUUUGAGAGUGAAUAUUUUAAAAGCUAGAACUAUUUUGCAUGAUAUUGGAAGUAUUGUUACAGAAAAUAACAUUGAAAUAUUGUAUAUUUUGUUGUCUAUUGGCCUCUGUUUUCUUCCCAGAGUUCCCAGAGACUUUUUACAGAUAAGAACAGUAAGUAAAGAUGUUUUUUAAGGUUGUAAUGUGAAUUGAGAAAAAAAUAAUUAGACCAAUUUGGUUCAGAAUUUUUGCUUGCAAUGCAAUGUCUUUUUGUAGAGGUUUAGUACUGAAAUAGGUAGUGACCUUUUAUGAAAUUUGGCAUGCAUGUGGAGAAAGCAAGUACACAGUAAGUAAGAAAUAACUUUAAAAUAAUUUGAAGCUUUGAGAAUGAUGGAGACCUAAGUCACAUUUUUUAAUGGUGGUUUCUCAUCAUUCAAUCUGAAACUGUGUAUAGUAGCUCCUGUAUGUAGUAUGAUUAAGUAAUAGAUGGCACUGCAUCCACUCAGUUUUAGGGAUGUAACAUCGAUUUCAAUGUUUUAAAUAUCUAUAUAUUAACACCAAUGUUUUUUAUCAUUGAUGUUUUGUGAUCAAUAUUUUUUUCUUUUCCAAUGUUUUAUUUUUGAAUGAAAAAAUUUCCGUGAUCACAAUACUGUUUAAGUUAAAAUAUGAA